UGGGCACUGACUGGCGGCACUGACUGGCACAACCGCUGGGCACUGACUGGUGGCACUGACUGGCAGCACUGCUGGGCUGCACUGGUGGGUGGCACUGGUGGGCAGCACAGGUGGGUGGGCACAGGUGGGUGGCACUGGUGGGCACAGGUGGGCGGAACUUGUGGGUGGCACUGCUGGGCACCGAUCAUCAGGGCACUGAUCAUCAGUGCCCUGAUGAUCGGUGCCGAUCCUCGCUCUGACAACUGCCGGUUCUCGGCAGUACUUUCCUCACGAUCUGACAGCGUGAGGAAAGUGCAGCCGAGAACCGGCAAUUGC